AUGGCACGGGGUCACCCCACAGCGGGGUCAAGGCCCCACGAGGGGGACACGGCCCCACAGCAUGGGGGUCACAGCCCCACAGCAUGGGGGUCACCCCAGGCAUGGGGGGUCAGCCCCACAGCAGGGUCACAGCCCCACAGCACAGGAAACACAGCCCCACGGC